AUGGAAGGACAGUAUCUUUUGGUCUUUCGAAUUAACAAUGACGACAAUGGACAUCUUGGCUCCAACGGGGAGGCAGAUAGCAAGAUAUAUCUUGUAGCUCCAACAGAAAGGCAGAUAGCCAGAAAUUAUCUUGUAGCUCCAACAGAGAGAAGCAAGCCCAUAUGCCCAUCGCAUCUUUCCUCGAACCAAAACGAUCUGGAGAAGGCAGGAGAGAAGUUGAAUGAAAGUCCCAGACCAUCAGAGCUUAGUGUCUUUUGGUGCCCAAGGACUGUUGAGAGUCGGAUGAAUCAAAAGCUACACCCCUUAUCGAACGAUACGGAUUUGAAUUGUAACCGAUGGCUCGACGUGGGUGGAUAUGGUCGCAGACUUUCUUCCGACCCGGAAGCUUGCAAGGAAAGUAAGUGUCGUUUGAAAGGUCUUGCAGGAGCGCCAUCCCAUCGGGCCGCUACCAUGCCCAUAAAGAACUUGACUGGUCUUACAGAAGUGCCAUUGGGCCACUAA